AACAACACCCCUCCCCCUCCGCUUCCUUCCACUCCAGAACAAUCGUUUCUGUCAAUGAACUGUCACCUCCUGAAUGACAUUCUGAAUUGGCUGUGUUUGAAACAAUAGAAGGUCCAAAAAAUCUGUGUUUAACUGGAAAAAACCCGUGCUCAAGAUGAGCGAACCGGAUUACUACGGGUUCGAUACGCUGUGGAAGCUGAUGGAGAACAGCAUCGAGUCGAAAUCGGAAGUCCUGAUUCUGUUCGUGCACUGGUACCUCACGAAAAACGGUUUCCUCAACGUCGGAGUAGGCGACGACAAAACUCUGCAGGAUAUCGAUGAAAGGAGCGAGCUGCUGCCGGAAGGCUGGAACGCUAACCGCGACUCGUACGCCCUGCGCUACGCCUACGAUGGUCAGCUGUUCAUUCUGCACGGCAACCUGUCGAAUGGUACCAUGAUCGUGAACCUGCUCUGCAUCAAAACGGUGCUCGUGUCCGUUGUGGCCUUCCGGCUGGAUGAAACGGUGCGAGCGUACCGUGGCAACAACCUGAACUCACUGAUCGCCAACGUUGGCACACAGUUGUCGCGCUUGAAGAACGAAAUGAUCCAGGAGGUGGUGGCCGAUUCGACCAAGAACAGCGAAACACAGACCGAACCCGAAUCACCGACGAGUACGCUGCGUUCACAGGCUGCACGCCAUACUUGCACUCAACAGGGAAUUGACCGACGACCGUCGGGAUUGGAGGUUGGUUCAGCCUACGAUGUCGGUUACGCAGAUCUCAACCCACUGGGUGUGCUCGGUGGAGGAAUGCUCCUUCCACCAGGCCAUCGUCCGCAUGAUAUCAGACCUCGCAUACGCUUCGACCGGAUUGGACCGGGACCAGGAUUAGGAUAUCGUGCUCCUAAUCCGGAUCAUAUGCGACCACCUGGUAAUCCAGAUUUCGAUAUGUUUAUGUAAAACCUAUCCGCUAUCAACGUUGCUGAUGUGGUGCGAGGCCUUGUUUGGGUUUUCUUUCUUUUGAUUUUUUAUUUGAAUUCUUGCGAAUUGCGUUCCUUUUGUUUUGUAUAUUUUGCCGACGAAUAAAUCCCUUUACGCAAACAUC